AUGGGCGACACUACUUCUACGCACUACCCGACGGCUAUGAGCAACAUCUCCCGCCAGAUGCGGCGCCCUGUAGUACAGCGAGCUGUUUUUUCCUUCUCGCAACAAGCUCCUUCGGAAUUGGUGAGAGCAAAGCUCUCCACCAGCGAAAUCGCACAUCGAGCCCUUACGUAUAUUCCCGACGAUCAACUGCAAAACAUACCCGAGGACGAUAAUACCUACUCCCUAUUCCAAGGUUUCCAGGCCUCUAUCCCUGAAGGGGAGAGCGAACAUCGCAAGGGACACCGCCGACGGAGCUCCAAACAGCACAAGCUGUUAGGUGCCGGGGACGUGGAAGAAGAUGGUCCCCCAACAAUUCAACGCCUCAAGAAGAAGCGCAAUGCAGUAAACCACAAACUAGAAAUGUUGGCUGUGAGGAAGAACAUGUCCACGACUGAAAUUCGGGAUAUAGACCAUAAAAUCGCCAAUCUGCAAAAUGUGCGUCGGACCGUGCUUGAUCGACUUGCCACUCUCGAGACCGACGAGGCGGAGGUCGAGCAUGAAUUGCUCGAGCUGGACAACAAAAUUGAGGAAAUGCAAGAAGCUCUUGACGAGCAGAGCACACUGGACCAAUCCACGAGCAGUCUCAACCCUCCGCGAGCAGUGACUCCCGACUCAGAGUCGAUGGACGCCUCGUUCAUGUCACAGUCUCUCUACGACAAGCUUCCCUCGUCUUCAUCACCAAAGUCUAAGAGACGGCCAACAUAUGCGAAGAGGAAAUCUAUGCCGGUCCUGCAUGAGCAUCUCGAGUCUGGGUCUCACAUAAGGACCAUCCCUGCCCAUAACGAUACAAUAUCGGCAUUAGACUUCGACCAACCUUUUGGCACGAUGGUCAGCGCAGCCCUCGACGACACAGUACGUGUUUGGGAUCUGAAUCUGGGUCGCUGCAUGGGCUUUUUGGAGGGCCAUACUGCUUCUGUCAAGUGCCUCCAGGUUGAAGACAACAUCGUAGCCACAGGUGGUAUGGAUGCCACAAUCAGACUCUGGGAUCUUAGCCGUGCCAAGUACGAACCCUACGAACACAGGAUCGUCGAGAAUGGUGACGAAGAUAAGGACGAGGAGGAUGACGGACUUGGAUUUGGAAAUGAACAUGAGGACGCGCCCCCCCCACCGCCGCCGGAUGCCAUGGGGGAUUGUCCCCUCUUUGUUCUUGAAGCCCAUGUCGAUGAGGUUACGGCACUGCAUCUCCGUGGCGACACACUUGUGUCAGGCUCUGCAGAUAAAACCAUUCGUCAAUGGGAUUUGGUGAAGGGACGAUGCGUGCAGACAUUGGAUGUGCUGUGGGCAGCUGCCCAGGCUAGUUCGACGAUGAGCAGCACUGAGCCACAAUGGCGGCCGACUGGCCGUGCGGCCGAUGCAACGGCCGAUUUUGUCGGUGCUCUGCAGUGCUUUGAUGCUGCGCUUGCUUGCGGAACCGCCGAUGGGAUGGUCCGGUUGUGGGAUUUGAGGAGUGGACAGGUUCACCGGAGUCUUGUAGGACACACAGGGCCAGUGACAUGCUUACAAUUCGACGAUAUCCAUCUGGUCACGGGCAGCCUUGACCGGAGCAUUAGAAUCUGGGACCUCCGAAUGGGCACCAUUUUCGAUGCUUAUGCCUACGAUGCGCCGAUUACGAGCAUGAUGUUUGAUGCUCGACACAUUGUCUGUGCUGCCGGCGAAGACGUUGUGAAGGUGUACGAUAAGACCGACGGCAGACACUGGGACUGUGGAACAGGGGUGACAACAUCCGUCGAAGACCGAAUGGCAGGUGCGAAGACUAGCACUGUCGAGAAAGUCCGACUGAAAGAUGGGUAUCUUAUCGAGGGACGAAGAGACGGUGAAGUUGGAAUUUGGACCUGUUGA